CCCCGACCACGCUUCUAUUAUUAUCUUCCGUAAUCUCCUGUCCCCCUGCUCCGAGCGUCCUGGGCUCGAUCGUCACAUUGUCUCGUGCUACUGUUGCCCAUUCUCUCCAAUGUCGGACGUUUAUCACCGUCACGCUCAAUAAAGGACCACCACCACUUCGUGCAGGCUCUGGUCAUGUCGUGUCGCAAGCACAUAUUGCGAUCCCAGCGUGGGCUGUCCCUGUCUCAUCUCCCCUUCUAGUUCGCCGAAGCUGGUGAAUACGAAGGCUUUCUGUCCCUCCCGGGAAGGAAAUUCUUUUUGGAAGUUCUUGUUGCGAAAGGCACUUGCUGCUGAUCGUGUAGCUGCGUACUUACAUCGGCGCUCAUUAUGGCGUGGAGCUCAACAUCCUUGGACCGUUUCGCAAGUGAGCCAGGUCAACCGCAGACGGGCACUUUUUCAACACCGAUCGAGUCGAAACCCAAGGUGACUGCAUCAGAGAACGCAGAUACCCAAUAUGCGACAACCGAUCUACGACGCGCCAAUACGGUUGCACACGGGAGAAACAUGAAGGAAAACCCGACCAUUGGUUCGAGAACAACCCGGGAGCGGCUGGCCACUUCUUUUCUGCGGGUAAAGGACAGCCACGAGAUACUGCGAAAGCGCUCCUUCCAGCGACCUGACCCCCCGCAAGCACCGCGUGAUGCAGUUGUAGGAGCUAGAGAACCGAACCACUUUACUGUGGGAAAUGUCGGCCAGAACGGGAAGAUCUUCCUCAGGCCAAUUCGCAACCCGUCGAUCAAAGAACCCUUCCCGGCGCCUUCUGUCCCCUCACCCAGCCAACCUAGACACGAACACCUUCCGCACGGACGCAAUGGUCCCGAGAGCGAUGAGCCGUCAAGAUGGUCAAAUUCACAGCUCUCUGAGCUACGCCCGGACUACAUCCCUGAAGAAAGCUGCGAAGAUGGCGACUCAGUCAAUACGGAAUCGGUGCGUUCUCAAUAUUACGGUCUACCUCACCAUCGACCUCGUAAAGCGCAUUCAUUCUCUACAAUCUCAGAGCAGCGGUCGGAGUCGCGUGCAGGUCGCGCUGGGGAGCUCCGUAUCUUCAUCGAUCGCCCUGAUAAUCGCCCAAAAACAGCAAAUGAACGGUCGCCGCGCAUAUUGGAGGCUUCGAUUCCUCAUUACAGAUUGGACCUGCCUCACAACCACCUCGAUAAUGACGCUGCUUUGCACAGCUCUGUCUAUUCAACAACCUCAUUCUCGGAUAACCUGCGCACCUCACGACUCCCGAGGGAAUACUGGUUUGGAACCCUAGCCUCCGAUGCUUAUUUGCAAAUCCCGGAACGGCCCUCUUUCGUUGGCUCGGUGUUUUCAGGAGCGGGUGCCAUCGAGUUGCCCCGGAACUCUGCAGUCAGCGAGAACCUUGUCUUCUAUGAACCCAAAGAGCCAAUCGAACCAGCUAUAUUUGAGACGUUAGUGUCGGAAAUGGACAAUGAAUCGGUGGUGCGCUAUGCUUCCGGCACGAAAGACAUCAGCGCUGCUACACCGGCCCGUAUUGUCGCACAAAUAUCCUCCGCAUCAUUCAUGGACUACGAGCUUGUAUCCGAUUUCUUCUUGACAUUUCGCUCCUAUAUCUCCGCUGGUACGCUCCUCGCACUUCUUCUCGCUCGACUACGGUGGGCUAUCAAUCGCCUGCAGGAUGACGGAAGAAUCAUUCGUAUUCGGACAUUUGCAGCUCUGCGGCAUUGGAUUCUCAACUAUUUCGUGGACGACUUUAUUGCCGACUACGACCUGCGUGCUCACUUUUGUGAAACAAUCAACAACAUGUAUGAUGAUGUCAAGUCUCGACAGGGCGGUGGCAUGAGUGAUUUGAAAAUCCUCAUUGACUUGAAGCGAUGCUGGUAUGGGAAAUGCUGUCUUUAUUGGGAUGUCACAGACCAUCAAGAUGCGUUCCAGAGCCCGGAUGUUGCCAUUAUUCCCGGCGGUCAGGAGACGGAUAGCUUGCUAGAGACGGCGACUGGCGAUGGCCUACUGACCCUGGUGCGUACCAAAAGCGGGCUGGAGGCUGGCGCUCCAGGCAACCAGUACCGUCCAGUGGUUCAACACAGUCGGAAUAAUUCAUCAAACACGGUGAAGAGUGUGCCAAUCUCAGCUGGGAGUGACCUGAGCGCCCAGCCAGUCUCCUGUUCCUUGCCGCCCAAAUCUCCGAAGCGUCUGUCCUUGUCCUUUGUCCACAGCAAGGCGCCCCAUCCGGUGCCCCUUAUGCCUCUCAACCCGACUUCCUCACGAGACCCUUUCCCUCCUUCACCCCUUUCUUCGCGCCGCUAUCCAUAUCAUGGUCAUGCUCACAAGCGUAGUGGCAGCUUCUCGGACUCUGUUCGAGAUGACAGAGCGCCCCCCUCUGUCUUCAACCUUGAGCAAAAGGGCCCGGCUUCUGCGCAGGAGGUGCUUGAUCUCGGUAGUCUGAUUCGUGGAGAACUCUAUCCACCAGCGGAGUCAUACACUAUCAUGAUGGCUCCCCCAUCGCCCCCUUUACCAUCAUCAGCUAAGGACAUUGCUGCGGACCGUCGGAGCACCACGUUCGGCAUACAUAAACCUGCACCUUCAACCUCUGGUGUCAAGACGAUUAUUGGCUCGAUUCGUCGGGUAUUGAACAGUCGACAUGGCGGCCAUGGCAGUCUUUCACGGGCUAUGCACGGACACGCAAAUUCCUCGAAACGGGGGAGGACGUCGGCUCUCCCAACCAACGUUGCAUUCGGAUCGGAUGCCUAUAAGGGUAAGAAGACGGCGGCUGCGGUGAAGAAGCCCAUGAGGAUUGACACGCUCUGUGACGAAGCUUUGAGGCAAUACCGUGCUGCGGUUGCUGAGCAAGUCGAUACAACACCAGAUUCCCAGUCGCCUGAAUCACAGAAACGGGCGGGUAGGAAUGAUGGACAUGCGGACUUUCAUCCUGCACCAGGACCGGCGAGAGCAAGAAGCCAGGUUACUACAGGUAGCGAAUCCAUUGUUAUCGUAGACGGAACCGGCCUGGGAAUCCCUGUUAUGUCGGGGGCCAUCGGAGGACCGAAUGCAGGACUUGAACAACCCCCUGGAUUUUUGGAAGUCGAACCUUCCCCCGUGACAGUGAGAGCCCCGUCCUUGUAUGCGCCGUUUCAGAGGUCAACCCUUGCGACCGACGAGUACUCGUUACCUAUCUACUACGACGAUCCCGACCCAGGGCCGUCGAGUCGGGCCUCUCAUUUCCGUCGCCCCUCCGGGUAUCCCGACUCGUCACGCAGAUCGUACUCUGUUGAGCGCGGGUCGACUUUGUGGAAGAGAACAUCCCCUUCUUUACGCCUCCGGAAAUAUGCUUCCUUUCAGAGUGGGAUAUCAAAGCACCGUCUCACCAUGGGUAGUGAGCCCGUCCCUCCUUUGCCUCAUCGGUGCUCUCGGGAACAUUCGGAUAGACCCUCUGGGCCGACACUGCGCAGGCGUCCUGGUGGAGACUUGCGUCAGAUGCGAAAUGGUGGUGGCUCUCAAUCUAGACCAGAUUCCGGGUCCUUUGCAUCUGAUAUUACUUACCGCAGUUCUGGCGCCGACACGGCUAUUACCCGAGUGGAUGAUCCUAACUCACGGCCUCAGACGAGUCUCAUCCCUCCAAAUCCGCGACUUUCGUUGUUGACAACUCAUUCGUCGCAGAACCUGCGGCGGUCUUUCGAGGCUGCCAUUGCGCAAUUUGCACAGAUCCCAGAUGACGAUGAUGGAGGCGUCGAGUCGACGUUGUUGAAACUUGAAGGGAAAUGGCAAGGUACAUCGGGCGCUGGUGCUGAAACUUUUACUGAUGAGCCAGGACAACAACUUUCAAGCUAUGAGCCAAGUGGGGUCCAUGAAGAGGAAUGGUUUCAUCGAGGUCAUGCGGGUGCAAGACGCGAGAGUCCCACAAGCUUGGAUGCGGUCGCUAGGAGACGCCAAACCUUCUUUGGUGACGGUCUGACUUACUCACAAGUUCAGGGGCGUAUUGUUCCGCAAAGACCAUACUCUGAUUCGAUUGCGGAAUCGGAAGACUCGUACAGCUCCAUACCACUGCUAGAACGGGGAUUGAGUGACGAGUCGAUGAAGAAACCUGUGACUAGCCGUCCUACAUCUCACAGAGCUGGACCCUCUCGCUUUCGGCCGAGUUUCGCGAGUCGCGAUAUGUCAGAUAUGGAAUCGUCCCAUCCGUCUAUUGAUAUUGUGAAGGAGACCGAGAGUAUGAAGCGCAUCCCACGAGGCUCGACGCUCCCCGUCAAUCCCUCUGGUCCAAGGAAGCAUGCAGGGCGUCUUUCAGGAUUGUCAUCCGAGCUUUCGGUUGAUAUGAUUGAUUCACAAGAGGCUGCAGAGCAACGAUUCUCGAUAGAUACGCAGAAUAUGAGCGAUUCGUCGCUUGGCAUUCCGCCUCAUCCUCUUGCCCACCCCCCUUCUCCUCCGAUGACUAUACAAAACACACGAUCCGUGGCAUCCUGCACUACGCCUUUAAACCCGGUGCUUUUCCAAGCCCAACCCUUAACCCCGGACCCAUCUCCAAGAAACAAGAUGACGGAACAAGCAAGUGACCGUCCCAUCAAUAUGCAGCAGUUAUCGGGAGACGUCCUUUCUCAGUCGGAAAGCGCUCGCCGACUCCCAGAGCCAUUAAAGACUGCCAAUCCCGAACACGUGCCAUUUGUUCUAUCAUGUGAAUCGCAUGUGCUUGCCCAGCAGUUGACAUUGGUGGAGAUGGCUGCAUUAAGUGAAGUGGACUGGAAGGAUCUUGUUGACAUGCGAUGGAGCAGUGGAUCACCCUCCACACUAAGCUGGGUGCAAUUUCUCAUGGAAGACGAGCAUAGAGGCAUUGACCUUGUUGUGGGGCGCUUUAACUUGAUGGUGAGAUGGGUGCUCUCAGAAAUUGUUUUGACCCAAGAUAUCCACGAACGAGCGCGCACAAUCGCAAAGUUCAUCCACACGGCAGCACACGCAAGGAGGAUGUGCAACUACGCCACAAUGCUUCAGAUCGCGAUUGCUCUCUCGUCAACUGACUGCUCUCGCCUCCAGGCCACGUGGGCGUUGGUACCAAUUGCCGACAAGCGUCUGCUGAAGGACAUGGAAUCUUUAAUCCAGCCGAUUCGCAAUUUCAAUGAACUCCGUCUUGAGAUGGAAAUGGCGAAUGCGCAAGACGGCUGCAUUCCGUUUGUCGACCUGAAAGCUGACUUGAAGUUCCCAGGCCUCUAUGUCCACGACCUAACCUACAAUGCACAAAAACCAGCGCGAGUGACGACACAGGGCGAGGAGUCGCUGAUCAACUUUGAGCGCUACCGGACCACUGCCAAGAUAGUCAAGAGCCUGCUCCGACUCAUCGAUGCGAGCACAAGGUAUCGGUUUGAGCCCAUGCCCGGCAUCAUCGAACGCUGCCUCUGGAUUGCAUCGCUCUCGGAAGAGCAAGUCCAGAUGCGCAGUAAGCAGUUGGACUAA